AUGGUCGGCGUAGGGGGUCGAAGUAAAGGCUGCAAAACUUGCCGCAGGCGCAGAGUCAAAUGCGAUGAAGGGAAACCCAAAUGUGCCCGCUGCCACAAGGCAGGAAAGAUUUGCGAAGGAUACACGCAGUUUGUGGAGUUCCACGAUGAAACAACUCGAAUAGCUGGCAAAGACUUUCAAAUUCAAACGUCAAACAGCCCCGGCUUUACUGGCAGUCCUCAGUCAAUUACCAGCCAGCCAGGCGUCCAAACUACUUUCAUCACAGAAUAUCCAUUUUUUCCCGUCAAAGCAGAUCCGGGAUGGGAUGAACAUAGUAUCUUUACAACAUAUUUGGUGGAUAGACUAUUUACAUGGCAAAAGCCACAAGCUCAAUAUUCAUCUUUUAGCUGGAUGCCUGUGCUUGUGGGGCGCACUGAAAAUGAAGGACUGUUAGCAUACACUUCCCUCCGUGCUUUAGCGACCUCCUUUUUUGCCAAGGUCCAUGGGGAACCUUCUAUUAUGCAUAAAGGGACAGCGUUCUACUCACGAGCAUUAAGAGUAUUGCAGGAUCAACUGCAGGAUUCAGAGCUGGUCUUUGACGAUGACGUUCUUCUCUCGGUCUUUUGUCUGUCCGUUUAUGAAUUAAUCAUGUUCACGGAUUUGUCGGCGUGGAUUAACCAUCACAAAGGUCUAGCUAGACUGACUGCUCUCCGAGGGCCAUAUCGUCAUCAAACGGGGGUGGGACACGCUCUGCUCCCAAGGCUAAGAUCUACUAUUUCAAUUGCCUGGAUUAUCCAACGGAAACAUUGCUUUCUGGAGAACCCUGAAUGGAAAACAAUACCAUGGGCGAUAAGUGGUCUAGAAUCCAGGAUGCCGCUUGAAAAACUGCAUGAUUAUCUCGUCGACUGCCCUGGAAUUCUCGAAGAUUUAGACCGUCUUCGAGCAUGGGGUCCAAAUGUACCGGGUAAAGCAGAGUUUCAAGCGAAUUUCGCCAUGCGUGCCCAUCUACUACUCGAAGGACUGUACUCCUGGCGCUGGCGCUGGCAAGAAGAUUUCCCCGAUGCUACAUACCUCAUUUCAACCGCCACCCUCGAUCCCGCUGUGGCCCUAUACCUUCCUUCUUCAUGUCCUUUCAAAACUCUCAUUUGGUUUCACGACGAUCACCGCGCCACCGAGCUGAUUAUUUACAACGCCGCCCAGCUGAUCAUAACUGCUGCCCUUGACGAAGCAGGGGUAGAGAUAAAGAUUCCUGCAACGCCAUAUUUGAGCGAUCCUCUUCUACCUAUGCAGGGUAGACGAUACGACAUCGCUGUUGAGAUUUGUCGAAUGGCGAGCUUUCAUUUGCAAAAAGCUCGAAAUAGCAUGGGGGCAUUUAUGAUCCUAUUCCCGUUAAAUAGUGCCCUCCGCCAUCUAGACGAUAGAGGAGGGGUAAAAAAAUGGCUUCUCAAGCUCCUGCAAGCCAUGGCCGAUAUGCAUGGGUUUGAAGUUGGGACGCGCCGAUAUGUAUAUGUUCUUCAUGCCCCAGAGGGCAGGGUGACUGAGACUCAGAGUCCACCGUCAGUGACAUCGGAAUAA